AAUUAUACAAAAUAUGCAGGGAGGAAAUCCAUUCGACAGACAAGGCUUCGGACAGCCCGGAUUUGGAGGCAUGCCAUUCGACGACAAUGACUCCUUCAUUGCAGGAGGAGGAGUUCAAAGGAGAAAGAGACAAGACCCUAAUAGCAGCGAAAUUCAGAGAGAACAUGGUGUCUUUCAUGAAAAAUUGGGAUCUAUUUUAGGCCCAGCUUAUGUUGGAGCAUUUGGACUUGGUGCUAUAUAUGGACUAACUAAGACUCCUCCAAUGAGAGCUAGAAGAACUUACAGGCUGUAUAUCAAUAACUAUCUUAAUGAAAUUGGUAAAAAUUCUUCAAGAUGGGCUAAUCAGACUGCUGCAGCUGUCUUCCUCUACUUGCUAGUUGGUAAAUGAAUCAACUUUGUAUUCUUUGAAGAGCUUGAGCAUCUUCCUGAUUCUGCGAAGGCUUCAACCUACGGGCUUUUCACAGGGUUACUUUACAAGAGUACUAGAGGAUUUAGACCAGCACUUUUUGGCUCAGUCCUUGGUGCUUCAUUUGGAUAUGCAUUCGCAUCCUUCUGGGAGAGAUCAUCAGAUGGAAAGAAAUUCGGUCUGUAAAUAACUUAUUAA